AUGGUCAUUCAGACGUUGCGGUCACGGGUGGCUGCCUUUUCUCAAGAACCAGCCACCACCUCGCAUGCUUCCCGGGCCGUGACGAGAAUGGCUAAGGCCAUACCAUCCGCCAAGGCGAGCGGCGAGGGUGAUAUGGGGGCUACUGCGAGCGUAAAUCCAUCAGCCAAGCGCUUGCGGACCACUCAACCCCAUCUCGCUCGUCUGACCGUUCCCAAGAAGGUGGUGCCACACCGUCUGGAUCCUCAUUCACGCACUCGGAAACGGUGCAUGCUGUUCAACUUGAUUCCUGUGGGUCUGAGGAUAGUGGCCAUCCAGAGCACCAAGACAGGUCUCUACAUCGGCAUGAACAGCGAGGGCUACCUCUACACAUCAGAACAUUUCACGCCGGAGUGUAAGUUUAAGGAGUCCGUGUUUGAGAACUAUUAUGUGACAUACUCAUCAAUAUUGUACCGUCAAACUCAGUCGGGUCGGGCCUGGUACAUUGGAAUUAACAGAGAUGGACAGGUCAUGAAAGGGAACCGGGUCAAAAGGACCAAAGGUGCCGCUCACUUCCUGCCUAAGCUCAUAGAGGUCGCCAUGUACAGGGAGCCAUCACUACAUGAAAUUGGUGAACAAAGCCCACCUAGGAAAACAGCCAAAACGUCAGACUCGCCUGUCCAUAAAAACAGCAAGAAGGACCCAGUGCUACUUGCCCCUGCAGCGUCCUAGCGAGAGGAGAAAGAAAACAAUGUUCUUAGACUUUCCACUGAUCCUCAGUACUAAGAAAUUUCCUACAAUGCAUCAGGGCUCAAAAGACCCUCGUCGAAAGGUCUAAUGCCCACUUCCUUUUGGUCUCUCCAACUUCACAAAUCUAGCGGAAUACUGAGCAAUAACAACCAUAAUGGUCUGGGGUCAGAAUGUUCUCAAGCACACUCACUGGCCAUGCCAGGUCUGCAGUCAUAGGAACUGCUUAAAGAAAGGAUCAUGGUCUUCCUCUCCAUUUUGUUGUUGUUGUUUUUUUUCACUUAACAAGAAACACUAUUUUGCCUUUUGAACAAUUUGUGCUUCACAUUUAAACCCUCCCCUUCCUUUGUUCAGACAUUAUUAGAUCCCCCAAAUCUGUGUUAUUUACUGAAACACCCCUGAAAUCGUCCGUCCCGGUUUGUAAUCCCCAGUCACUUUUUUACCUCCCCUGCACUUUGAUUAGCUUGAGACAUAGAAUCCAUUUUCCACUUCAUAACACAGGAAAAGCCCCGCACACUCUCUCGGGAACUAUUAAGGAUUCUGCCACAUACACACAUACAUACCAAAUAUCUAAAUAAAUAAAACUCUCCUCUUAAGAUGAUGAUCUUCAGAGCCGUUCGACCUUAGGCAGUUUAAACCUCUCUGUCUCUCUCUCUCUCUCUCUCUCUCUCUCUCUCUCUCUCUGUCUCUCUCUCUGCUCAUCGUCUCCUAUGCUGAUGAGUCUGUGUAGUGCAGAAAUGUGUGUGUGUGUGCGUGUGUGUGUGUGUGUGUGUGUGUGUGUGUGUGUGUGUGUGUGUGUGUGUGUGUGUGUGUGUGUGUGUGUGUGUUGAACAGCAAUACAAUAUCAUUUGUACGAUGACUCAUAACAGAGGGGAAUAGUCCUGCAUUAUUGUUUCUUUUUGUUUUGAUAAGUUGUUGUUUUCCUCAUUGCAAUAUGCCUAGAGAGCAAUAUUGUUACAGCUGUACUUUUCUCCCCUCUUUUUUAGUAUAUGUGUUACUUUAGGGAAGGCUUCUUAAAGUGGAUAGAGAUUGCUGACUAUACUGGGGCUGCAAGUUUUCUAAAGUUCAUGUUCCUAUAUUCAGUUCCAUUCUAUUAGAUUUGCCUGAGAGCAAAGGCACUUUACCCAGACAAAUGAAACAAAAUAAUUGCCGAGAAGGUCCAAUUCUUAUUCAAUUUUCUUUUGGUGAAACUGGAAGAGCUCACAGAAAAUAAUUUGGGAACCUUUGCAAAAAACCACCACAAAAGACCUGUAAAUUCUUAUAUUUUGUUUUUGUAAACUUUUACAAUGUGAAUAACAAGUAUUCACUGUCAAUGGCAACAAUGUUCACUAUUAAAAAUAAAGGUGCUUAAAAGGUUCUUCACAGCGAUGCCAUAGAAAAACCAUUUUUGGUUCCACAAAUAACAAUUCAGUCAAAAGUUCUUUAAAGAACCAUCUCUUCUUACCUUUCUACAGUUUAAUCUGAAGAACCUUUUCGCCACAAAGAACUUUUUGUGAUGCAGAAAGGUUCUUCAGAUGUUAAAGGUUCUUUAUGGAAUAAUUUAGACAAAAAGAGAUGUGCUUUAUGAAAAAAGUACUUUAUGAUGAAGCACCUUUAUUUUUGAGAGUGUAUAUCAGAUCAUUCAAACUGAUGCCAGUCCUAUUUUUUUGUCUCUUGUACAUCAUCCUACUCUUUUGUUUAAUACAAAUAUUUUUUGUUUAAUACAAUUGGCAACAUCUUCCAUCACCGAUAUUAAUUGUAGUAAAAUUACUGUGGAUAACUUUAGCAAUAAUAUUGCUGUAAUAUUGUUGCAGUGAUCAACUUGUUGCCCAGGCGAUUGUUUCAUAUGGUAUGAUGAACUUUUCUUAGCGGAAGCUUUAAGAUAAUAAGAUACAACUAAGAUUAUAAAACAAUUUCAACUCAAAUUAACAUAUGAUUUUAUUAUUCACAUAUUUAUAGCAGCCAUGUAAUACGUGGGUCUGCCUUAAACCCAACAGGGUGAUCAGGACCCUUAUGCAAAAUAAAGACCCUUGUAGAAGAAUCUGAAUUCAAAUACCCUUCAUAUUUUAGUCUAGUUCCUUUGAUGCAAACAUUAGCUGUAUCAAGAGCACAUUUCCUUGGUGUUUAUAAUCAUUAUCACAGUAUCAUAUCAAGUAUUGAGCUUUAUACAAAGGAAAAAUCAAACUUUUCUCAUGCUGAGCUGAAUAAUUUCUUACAGCAUACACCUGGUUUAGAGGAAACAAUACCACUGUAUGAUAAAUAUAUUUUCACUCCCUUGCAGCGUUACAUUGCAUUACAGGAGGAAACUAAGAUAUUAAGACCCACAUUGAAAAACUGGAUAUUAGAUGUGAUAGAUAUUAGAUAUAAGAAUGGCACAGAACGAAAACAUUUCAAAGUUAGCCAAAUUCUUCCAUAUCAGGCGUUAAUCUUUCCCAGAUUAUAGAGGCAGAGUAAAGUUUCCUAACUGCUGAUGGGCAUACAAAUCACAGUACCCACAGGUAUCUCACAAUUCCCCUGUCACAGAAGUUCUUGGUUGUGGCAUUUGUUAACAUCCCAGGCUGAUUGCUUUUCUUGGGGGCUAAAUCAAAAUUCUCUGCAUCUCAUAGCUUCUGGGUGCACAUCAGUAAUCUUGAUUUUUCUUCAUAAACUAUAAUGUGUUUUUUAAUUUUGCCAGAACCAAUGCAUAGUAUCUCAAAAUUUCUACAUCACAGAAGGCACUCGCAUCUCGCAUUGUCCACAGCUCACUUCACUGCCAUAGUGUAAAAUUUGCAAUCGGUCUUGAAAUGCUGCAAUAUAUGAAGGGCUAUUUACGUUACAUAAACACAGAAGUACAUUAACAGAGAGAACAAUUAAGGUAGUGAAGUUUUCACUUAACAACUGGGUUGCUACAGGCUGCAAAGGAAACAAGUCUGUCAUGUUAAGCAAUGGCUAUACCUUGGUUUAACCAAUAUUUUAUUAAUUAAACUGCUGUCUUCAUGGAAAAACAAAUGCUUUCCCUCAAUUUCACUGCGACUUUUGAGCCAUAGAUGAAACAGAGGCAAGGAGAUGAAAGCUAAGGGCUAAUUCUGUUUUAUUGAUUUGUACAAUUUCAAAUGUAUAAACGUAUGCCUUCUGAAACCAAUAAGAGUUAAGCACUAUCAGCUCAUCAUCAUCUAUUCCAAACAAUUCAGCAGAUUUUCCCCAUAAACAAACAAAAAAUGUGAAUAUUGUUUGCAAAUUCUGUCUGGUCCUGGUUAUGGGAUAGAAUUAGUCUAUAUAUUUGAUUUAAUCUGAGAACAGCAGCAGUUAGUAAGAGGUUCCCAUAAAAGUGCGGAAAUACCCAAUUUUGUGCAAAUACAAAUGAAUUAUUGGUUAUUAAUAUUACCUAAUAUUUAAAGAAUUAAACCGUAACAUGAACACUGUGAUGUAAAGUGGUAAAACCCACUUUCUCCCCAAAUUGUAAUUCAAUUUAGUGUUAUAUUAAUUAAAAGUCUUUCUUUUGACUUAGCACUUUUUUAGGAGUUUUUUGGUGUACCAAUCAAUUUCAGUCAACUUAUCAUACGCAUUGUUAUUGUAUCUCUGGAAGUAUAGGUUAAUUUCUAAGCUGCUUUUAGUGGUGUGUUUACUUCUAGAUCAAUUUUACAUGAUCUAAAACAGUUGCAAUUGCAUUUAUAAAAUUCUUAGUCUGCAUUUACUCAAAACUUUGCUGCAUUUUUGCUGUGUUUCAAAGCAAAACAUAUUUACAUAUUGUUUAAAUUAUGUUUUUUGCUGUUGGUAGUUUUUGGUUAAGAGUGAUGUGAAUUGCUGUGGUUUGAGUCAUCCAAGCACAUUUGACUAUUUAUUUAAAAUUUCUUUAUUUUAGAUUUAUUUUUAAAUUUCAUUUCAUUUCAUAUAUUUUCAUUUUUAGUUCAUGUUGGGCAACUAAACAACAAUCAUACACUAGUUUAAAAGCAUUAACACCAGCAUUUUAGGAAACACACCUUCCAAAAUUAUGCACUAAACUAAACAGCACCUUUUUUCCAGAUGUCUGGAAAAUGCAUCAAUUGUGUUCCUUUUCCUGCUUGUAUUUGGAGUUUACCGGCAUCAAUUAAUGUUAACUGAGAGCAGAUUUAGAAGAUUUUGCUUUUUUUAAUUGGUGGUGGUGAGAUCAUUUUCAAACGAAUUAGGCUACAGACUGCUGUCAGAAGUCUUCUGACAGUCAGUCUGUAAUUACUUUCUGUGCGUGUGGGUGUGUUCACGUGUCCAUGACUUUGUAGCCCCAACCCAGGCAUCUGCAAUGCAGCAGAAAAGACAAAAACUCAACCAUCCUCCCUUAUUUCUACCAAAGUCUCGUCCCCCAUGAUACUCUUUUCCCUGACAAAAGCUCUGUGCAAAUGUACCACUGUUCCUUUCAGCUGAAUGUCAUUGCCUCUGUGUGUAUGUGACAGAGAGAGAGAGAGCCCUACUGCAUUUUAAAAGCAUGGAGUCACACCAGACCACAUCUGCAUUGCAUGCACAGCAGUUGGGUAUUAGUCUCACAGCAGAUGUGUGUAGCCAGGGUGACCUUUAAAAAGCUGAGUUCCUCAGUCCCAUCCCAGCCUUUGGAUAAUCACUAUAUUCCCUCAACAUCAAUCUGAGGUAACCUUUAGUGUAGAGUUUCAAGUUAAACUGGCAUCAUUGUGGCUGUGGUGAGAUGUAUUAGGCAGAUUAUGUUUGGUUCCUUGUGUAGAAUAUCGGUCAGUUUAGUGGAUUCAUUGGGUUGGUGUGGAAUUCAAUCAAUUUACCAUAUUCUUGAAUUGGCAAGAUAAAAAUUAAACCAGUAACUUCUUGUUUCAUGUCAUCAGAUCUCUUUGGAACCAUGAACCAAUGUAACUGUGUUUACUGUCUAGACUGUGGAUUUCAUUUUUGUGUCCCAAAUAUAGUCAUUUGUCCAUUAUCAAUGUUCUGUCCAUUGUUAUUUUUAUUUUCUUUGUUGUUGUUGUUGUGUAUCAGUGAAACUGUGGAUUUGAGUCUGCAUUCAAUCACAAUUUAACCCAUUUUGGAAGAUCAAAAAGACAAUUGGUGUGAAAGGGCAAACAGGCCAGAAAUCAUCCCCUGUGUUGUGAACACUGAUCCCUGAUCUACAAGAAGACAACGCUCGUGAUCUUUUACCCAUAAUGGACAUCAGUUGGGAUCUACAACAGCAAAACGGACUGCUGGUUGUCGCUGUCGCUGCUUCACACAAACUGUACACACAGGUUGUGUACAUGCAGUACUAAAAUGCUCACAUCUCAUAUUGGGUGGGCUACCUGCUUAUGAACAUUGAGAGUUUGCUUUAUAUCCCAUAUUUUUUGUAUAUUCUGCAUGAAUGAUCCAAGUUAUUGUAAUGAAGUCUUCCCAAAACAAAGGAAAAAUAAACCAUAUUACUUUUUCUUGUCUUCCAGACCAAGACAAAGCAAAGGUCUUCCAGUCAAAGCCACGAUGACACUAUUUUUAAUUUUUAUAGUCGCAAAAGCUAAUAACAACAUUGGACUCAACUCAAUCAUUCAAACUGGCUUUCCCAUUUUACAAACAGAAUGAAGUGGCAGUGGCACACGUGUGGUGUUUUGGAAUAUUGGGAGGAACAACACAAUACAGUCAUGCAUGUAUCAAUAUUUACAGGACACAUUAAAAAUGAAAAAUAUGAGGAUUAUUCCUGUUAAGUAUUUAUUAACUCACUGUUACUGUUAAUACUCUAUUCUGCAUACACUCUCAGCCCUGCAUUUGCAAUAGAAUCUAUAUCUAUUUCUAUAAGUCUAUG